CACGGCGCCGAAUGUCCUGUCGACGGUCAGGUCAGCCAUCUGGCGCAGUCAGCUAGCUCCAGCAGGAUUUCGGAAAAUGGAGGCUUGACCGAAGAAUGAGCGAGGGCACGUCAUCCCUAUUUCUGCCGUGUAGAUCUUCAAGUCCUGAUGAUUGUUUUUGCCUUUGUUGAAGAAUUGCAGGUGAUGGAGAAGAGCGGCCCAGUGAGCAAAAGCAAACGUUCCCAACAGAAAGUGAAAAGGUGGUAGAGGAGACAAUAGAGAAACGAGAAAAAUCUACCAAAGCCAACUUAAAGAAAACGUGGGCGUUCCGUCGGUCCACUGUUGCUAAAAGAGAGAUGCCAGUGGAGGCAGCAACUGACACUGCCGAGAGCCGCUAUCCUGUACGCCGUAGUGGCAGACAGUCAAAGCGUACUGACAAAUUGGAGGAAUUCCUCUCCACUACUAAAAGAGUGCUGAGAAAGAGCGCUCCCCCAACCCUAGAAAGUGGUGAUCCUCCUUCGCAAACCCCAACUGAUGCAGAAACGGCCUCUGAGGCCAGCUUUGAUGGUAAUGCAGACACAAAGACGGUGGAGGACAAGCAUGAGUCGUCUGACAGGAGAACUAGAAGUAGCACGAGGGAGCAGACUCGAAAAGCAUCUCAACUUGGCAGGUGGACACGGCAAAGUGACAACGCCACAGUCAAAGAUGAAGGGAGCUCUGAGAAUGAGGACAGCAGAGAUGGCACCGAGCUGCAGGGAAAAGAUACUGAGAAAACAGGCAAGGAGCCUGUUGUUGCUAAAAUAGAUGAUGAAAACACCAAUAAGGAACAGCAACAGCCCGAGUUGGAUCUGGAGAGAAAAGAUGAGGAAACGAAGCAAGAUAUCAAAGGGGAAACCCAGGAGAACCCAGAAAAUGAGGAGACCACAGAAAAACCUGAAUUGUUGGUAAAGCGCGGCCCAAUAAGAACAUACAUUAAUAAAAAAAAGGCCGCAAAUGUGAACACUACAGGUGUCAAAGCAUCGAAUCCUGUGCUAGCUAUUGGCAAGACAAACAAGCCUCGGGCAGAGGAGGACAGUGAUGAUGAUGAUGAUUCUUCCUCGUCAUCUGAUUCUGAUGGAGGAUAUGACCCCAAUGCACUUUAUUGCAUCUGUCGGCAGAAACACAACAAGAGGUUCAUGAUCUGCUGUGACCGCUGUGAGGAGUGGUUCCACGGAGACUGUGUGGGCAUCACCGAGGCUCGGGGGCGUCUGAUGGAGAGAAAUGCCGAGGAUUACAUCUGCCCCAACUGCACAGCUAAAAAAAGCCAGGUGAUCAGGCCUGCCACCCCCAUGCUGUCUCUGAGCACAGACAUGGUGAAGACCAAUGCCGGCGCUGCAACUCCACUUAUUGCUGGUGCCACUGUUGCUGACUCUGGUCUCACGGCAAGUUUAGUGGUAGCAGCACAACCACCCUCAACAUCUGCCGGUUCAGACGAGAAAGGAGUGGAGGAUAUUGGGAUCAAAGGCAGAAUCGAGAAAGCCACAAAUCCUACGGGAAAAAAGAAGAUAAAAAUCUUUCAGCCGCAGACAAUACAGCAGCAAACACCACUCAACGCUGACCAGAAGGGGGCGCCAGUGCCAGAAAAGACUGCGGGCCCUACACCAGAGCUGAAAGCACCACCAGAGAUGGAGCAGGAGAAAGUGGCUUCAAAUGUGGAGGUGAAAACGACGACUGAGGCGGAAGAGGUUGGAAAGUCACUGGAACCGGAGGAUGUUUCACUUCCUAAAUGCAUCGGUCCUGGCUGCGAGAGCAAUGCCCAGCCAGACUCUGUGUACUGUGGAAAUGACUGUAUCCUGAGACAUGCUGCUGCGGCCAUGAAGUCAUUCACUGAAGUCAAAGAGCCUAAGAGCAAAGUUCAGAAAUCCACCUCUGCAUCAAAGAGGGGAGCUGCCAGCCGGACGAGGGCCCACAAGGACCGCAGGGAGGAUUCAGACAGCGAUGAAGAUGACAACUACGUUCCAGAUGAGGAUGAUGAAGAUGCACAUGCUGUGGAAGAGCCACCCGCGCCUGCCACUGCGUCCUGGUGCAGCGACCAUAAUUACAUUGCAGUACCACCAGAAAAGACUACAUCCAUAUCAGCAACAGUGUUAAACAAAAAGUCUCCGCCCAAAGAAGAGAAGCAGACAAAGAAGCAAGUCUCAUCUCGUGGAAAACCUUCUUGUGAUUCCAAGACCCCUACCAAAGUGAAGAAGACCAUGACCACUCGAGGGUCCAAGGUGUCUCCAAAGGGCAAGAAGCCAUCCCCUCAGUCCAGCAGCUCCAAGGGACCCAAGAGGUCUGCGACUCCUCCCAGUAAAUCUGCAGUAAGGUCCAAGAAACUACGGACAGCAGCCCCCCCUCCCCCGUCUCCGUACCCUCCAGGCCCAAUCCAUGUCACAGGGGCACUAAGAGUCACAAAGACCAACUUUACCAUUCCAAAGAAGCAGCCUCAACAAAAAGACUCUCCGUCCCGUCAUCCAUCCUCAAGAGUCCCAUCAUCUCCAGUGUCUUCAGCUCCCCCCAGUCACUCUUUAUCCCCAAGGCCUCACCAUUCUGCGGUCUCGGCAGCCUCUGCAUCCCCUAUACCACAGCCCCCCAACCACCAGAUGAGACAGAACAUCCGUCGUUCUCUGACAGACAUUCUUUACAAGAGGGUGAGUGACAGCGAUGAUCUGAAAAUGACAGAGAGUGAAGUCGGGCGGCUUGCUGUUGCCAUUGAAAAAGAGAUGUUUAACCUCUGCCUCAGCACUGAUAGCAAGUACAAAAACAAGUAUCGGUUGCUCAUGUUAAACCUCAAGGACCCAAAAAACAAGGGCCUGUUCUACAGGGUAAUUGGAGGUGAGGUAUCCCCUUUCCGACUUGUAAGGCUGAGUGCUGAAGAAAUGAUUUCCAAGGAGGUAUCUGAGUGGAAGAAGCCUGAUCCGCAUCAAGGCCAGUCCUCAGGUGGAAGGUCCCAUUCAGGUCAUUCCAAACCCGGCAAUAGGUACGAGCCUCAUAGCAUGGACGUGGAGGAUGCACCACCCCCAUCAGAUACAGAUGUAUGUAUCUCUGCCACAGCUUCAUCUUCUCGCAUGGCUUCUGCUGUAGACCAAGAUGAGUCUAGCCUCACUCCUUCAGCUGCACCACAGCCGUCUGCUACUGAGGGAAGCAGUAGUAUGCAUGAUAUUUUCAGUAGCAUGCUCAAAGACACAACAUCAGAGCACAGAACUCAUCUGUUUGACCUCAACUGUAAAAUAUGCACAGGUCAGAAGACUGAAGAUGAGCUUGCAUCCAAAAAAAACAAACCCACAAAGAAACCCGACCCAACCAGACAAGACUUACACUCAGCGAGUGCUGUCAGCCAACCGCAAGUGGCCACGGUCUACCAGCACCACCAGCUCAUCCCUCCACCCUAUCAGUCAGGCAUAGAACCGGCUGUCCUAGAGUCACAGCCACAACUUUACCAAGAGGACCCUAAUAAUCUGGCCUCACCUUUGCAGAUCCCCCCGACCAUCGCCCCCACUGUUUCCUCUGUUAGCAUCACACGCCGAGACCCGCGCAUGGCCAGACAUGGCUCCGGUGUUACUGUCACUUACACUGCCCCAGAAAAACCUACAAACAACAUGGCAGAGCAACUCCCAGCUCCUGUCAUUGUUCCUUUGGAUGUUGGAGCAAAGGCACCCCUUCCUAUGCCUCCUGCUCCUCCACCCUCAUUGGUUUUGUCCAAACCAUCUAAAACAAGUACCUUUGAGCCUCCUCCUGAGGGGGAGACUGCAAUCUUCCUCCAUGGUCAAGAGAAGAUUUGGAAAGGGUUCAUCAACAUGCAAUCUGUGGCCAAGUUUGUAACUAAAGCUUACCUGGUUUCAGGCUCUUUUGAGUACCUAAAAGAGGAUUUGCCAGACACCAUUCAUGUUGGAGGGCGUAUCUCUCCAAGCACCGUGUGGGACUAUGUUGGAAAGUUGAAAACCUCAUUGUCCAAGGAGCUUUGUCUGAUCCGAUUCCAGCCUGCUACAGAGGAAGAGGAAGUAGCUUACGUGUCUCUCUUCUGUUACUUCAGCAGCAGGAAAAGAUUUGGUGUCGUAGCCAUCAGCAAUAGGCGGAUCAAAGACCUUUAUCUAAUCCCUUUGAGCUCAAAGGACCCAUUACCUUCCAAACUCUUACCAUUUGAUGGCCCAGGACUUGAGCCAGCCCGGCCCAACCUUCUACUAGGGCUCCUCAUCUGUCAAAAGGACAGAAAGCGUGCUGGUAUUCCAUUGGAAAUGGAUGAGAAACGGUCUAAGAUCCAAAUUAAAGACCUUGAUGACCCGGGUCAUCCAAAGCCGCCUCUCUCUGUCAAAGUAGAGCGAAGCACACGUCAAAGUUUGGAAAUUCCCUUCAGUACGACUCCUCCAGGGUCGCCUCCUGCCAGCUCCUCUGAGACACCAAGUGUUGCUAUGGCCACUCCAUCUGUCUUUACUCUUUUGUCAUCUGUUAAAGCACCUGCCGCAUCUUCUGUCACAGGUGUGGAAUCCCCAUCCUCAUCCGGUUCUAUGCCUGCCACUGCAGCCCCUGCCACUCCUCUUCAGACUAUCCUCAACACUCUUUUUGGGAAGAAAAAGCAUGACUCGGACGCUUCCAACUCUCCAUCUGAUCAGGCUGCGGAAUCUUCUACCCCACGAUCGACAAUGCUAGAUCCAAUUGUGCAGCAGUUUGCACAGAUUUCAAAAGAAAAAACGGUAGAGGAGGAUGAAGAUGACCGACCAUAUGACCCAGAGGAAGAGUAUGACCCAAGUAUGGGUUACAGUAUUCCUAAUCAACCGAUUGAGGUAGUAAACAAACCUGAAGUGGUACCAAGUGAAGGUGAUGAUAUUGCAUAUGAUCCUGAAGAUGACUCAAUAUUUGAUGAAGUCAAAACUACUGUAUCAGAUGAAACUGGAAAAGCUUCAUCUGAAGAUAUAACAGAUUCUGAAAAGAUCCCGAAUAGCCUUGAACAGAGAGGAAAUUCGACAUUCCAGAAACAGGAUGACGAGUAUAUGCCAUCCACUGAGUCGACUGGGGCUUCACAGACUCCUCCAAAGCUUUUGGGCAGCAGUCAGUUACUGCAGCUAGGCAAAAAAGUGGAAGAGCUUGUGAAAUCUUCAUCAGCUGUACCCACUAUCAACCAGAGGAGAGAUCCUCGACAGAGCCGGGAAUCUCACCAGACAGCAUGUAGCACAACAAAAACAACAGAUGAACCGCUCGAUAAAGAGGAGUUGUCAUCAGAUGGCUCUUCUCCUCGACCGCAGUCAAUUCAAGAGCCACAGUUGCCUUCUGUUGCUCACCUUCCAGACGCCUCACAAAGCCCAGAGACUGCAUUACCCAUGGAGGAAGAGAAAUAUGAGACACUGCCCUUCAUGGAGACUGUAAAGGCAGAAGUGUCAAUUCCUUUAUUAGGAGAGACUAUGGAACCUGAUCUGGAGUAUGACUACAUUCAUGAAAAAGAAGUGAAAAUGAGAGAAGAGCAAACCAAGACGGUCCAGGCUAAAAUAGAGACAGACAAGUACAGUAUUUGGCCAAAUGCUGCAAGUAUUUUAAAAAGCAGUGAGGAUUCAGAAUAUGAUGACAAUAGCCAAGACACCGCAAUUUGUAGCUCGUACAAUGAGCCACCAAACUCCUCAAUUACUUCCACAAUCCCAGUCCUCACUCAAAGUUUAGCUAUCAGUGACACUCAUUCCCAUCAUCCGCGACAUCACAGGUCAACAGCAGACUUUGACAAUGAGUAUAGACCGCCAACUGACAUCCCCCCACCAUCCAAUUUUCUACCACCUCAACCGAUACACGGACAGAAUCCCAUGAUGAGGCCUCCACCAAUGUCAAUACCACCACCCAUACAAGGUCUUUCUUCAAUCACUGUACCGCAGUCUAUGCAAGGACCACCAUCAGCUAUCUGUGGUCCUUCCUCGGUAAUUGGUCCUCCAAUUCAAGCUGACAGCUCCCGUCCGUAUGGCCUGCCUCCAGCUCCAUUCCCUCCCUAUCAAAACCAGUGGACACGCACCCAACUACCACCACCACAACAGCCACUAUCAAGACCACCUCCCCAGAACCUUAUUCCACCCAGAGUACCACCACCACCAUCUUACCCACCAAUUGGCCAGAGAGGUCCUCCACCUCAAAUUUUUGAUCCUCUAGUCCCCCCGCAGCAUCGUGGACAACAAGGCCCUCCUCCAGGCUUUCCAAACCCACCUACUUUUGAUGGCCCAAAUCAGCUGCCUCCUCCACGAUUUACCGGGCCACCUCCACCAUUUAAUUUCCCAGGAAACAGAGGUCCUCCUCCACCUUUUACAGGGCCUCCACCAGGACAUUUUGAUAACAGGCUUCCUCCUUUGUCUCACUUCUCAGCGCCAAGGGGUCCCCUACCAUCGCCGUAUGGUGACCAUAAAAAUCUAACUCCAAUCCAAAUCCAACCCCAAAUGGUAGACCAAAGCCGUGGCCCUCGGGAGCAGUAUAGUAAAGAUAUUCACUCAUUCACACAGGUGGACCAACACCAAAAUCAUCCUCAGAAUGUUUUCAAAGACAGCCAUGCUGCAGCUCACCGGGGUCUUCCACCUAGCCAGUACGACGAGUCAAGAGGCCCACCUUCUAGUGUGGACAUUAGCGGACAACACAUCAAUCCACAUAAUACGUUUGGGGUUCCCAGGCUACACUCACCACCACAUCGAGGAGCUUUGAAUGAGCACAUGGCUCUUCCUCUUCAGGAGAACAGAGCGGUCAGAGAUCAGUCUCAGCCUUUUGGUGGCUCUGAACGUUACCGCUUUGAUAGGUUUUCAGAUGAGGCAAGACCUGUUCGUCACAGUGGCCCACUGCUACCGACCCCCACAGAGGCUCCUACUGGUCCUCAAGGUCGCAUGGGAGGUCACAGUCCAGAUAUACGGCGAGAGGACUACUGGCGCCGACAUUCUCCUGAAGUCCUGAGGAGAACCAGCACCAACCGAGAGGGCUCAGAACCGCGAAGCACAGAACCCUUCAGUCACUUUGAUGUAGGACUCAGAGAACAGAGUUCUAGUUCUUCCCAAUUAUUAGAAGAACGACUCAAGGAACUCUCCGGUGAAUGCAGGAGAGACAGAGACCGGGACAUCCUUCCCUCUGCGAGAUCCCUGUGGGAGAGGAGUCAGGGCAAGCGGUGGAGUAGAGAACGAGAAUGGGACAGAAGUAGAGAGAGGGACAUCGAUGGUGAAUCUAGCCGAGAACGUGAGCGCAGCAAAGGGAAGGAGAGCGAGAAACACAAGGAGGCAGAGGUCGAGCGACACAGGGAUCAAGACACAGAUAAGAGAAGAGAGCGUGACAGAGAGAGGGAAAAGGACAGAGCCAGGGACAGGGAGUCUGAUAGAAGGGAUUACGAUCGUGAAAGGGGAAGAAACCGUGACAAAGAGCAAGAACGGGACCAUGAGCGAGACAAAAGACGUGACAAGUCCCGAAGCAGAGACCGAGAUCGGGCGAAAGAUAGAGGUAGAGACAGAGACAAAGAAAAGGACAGUGACAGAGACAAAGAAAGGGACAGAGACAAAGAAAGGGACAGAGACAAAGAAAGGGAGCGGGACAGAGACAAAGACGGGGAUCGAGAGCGAGACCGGGAGAGGGAUAGAGACAAGGAUAGAGAAAAAGAUCGUGACAAAGAUAAAGACAGAGACCGGGAUAGAGGCCGAGACAAAGAUAGAAAUGGAGAAAAAGAUAGAGACCGAGAUAAAGAUCCAGAUAGAGAAAGAGAGAAAGAUAGAGACAGAGAGAAAGACCGUGACCGAGAGAGAGAAAAAGAUAGAGGCCGAGAUAAAGACAGACCCCGUGACAGAGACCGGGAGAAAGACAGAGACCGGGAGAAAGAGAGAGACCGGGAGAAAGAGAGAGACCGGGAGAAAGACAGAGGCCGGGAGAAAGACAGAGGCCGGGAGAAAGACAGAGACAGAGAUAAAGACCGUGAAAGAGACCGUGGCAAGGACCGCCAGGAAACGAGCAGAACUAGAGAAAGGAGAGAAGAGAAAAAUAGCAAACACGAAAAAUCUAAGGAGAAAGAAAAGACUGCAGGAAGUGAUAAAAACUCAUCCUAGUGUGUUUCAUCUACACUAGUUAACCUUGGAGCGACAUAAUUUAUAACCACUGAAAAUCUUUGUUGUGAAUGACAAUGGCAGUAUUUCAUUUCUAUAGGUUCCAGCAUUUGUAUUUUCUGUCUUAAGUUGUUUAAUACAUUUGCGAAACAUAACUGAAGGACAUUUGAGUUACAUGCCUUUGGAGUGUGUGAUAUAGCUACUGAGUCAAACCCAGUUUAAAAAAAGAAUUCUGUGUUGAAUCACACAACAAAUGUAAAUAUGAAUGUAUUCUUGUACAUACUGAUGUUUUUAAUACUUUUCUAAGUAGACAAAAUAAAAGCCAUAUACCCUGGAUCGAUCUGAAACUAAACUGCUUAGAACUGUGGCUAUAGCGCACUAUGAGGAAAAAGUUAAAUUUAUCUACAGCGCAGUACCUAAUCAUUUGUUGCAACUAAAUCAAUUAAACAUUUUUGAUCACA